AUGACGGGACGAAUGCUUUUAUCUAUUCACGAUGAUACUCAUGAUCAGUUCGCUGACAAAAUUGAAUACGAUUUAUGGCGUAUUUACGAUAACAAUACUAAACGUACUCUAGUCAAACAUGAAAUAGUUAAGAAGAAUAAUGAAAAUGUAUUAAUUGAAGUACAAACAAUGGAUGAUCUUGGUUGUUAUGAAAUUAUUCUACACGUUAAAGAUUACUUCGAUAAAUUCAAUGAAAAUAUAGUCUUAUCUGAAAGUCAAUUUAUUAUUCCUAUCGGUAUGAACGAAUUAAAUGAAUGUUAUGAUUUCAACAUUCACAUCACACCAACUGAAUUUAUUUGUAGUUUAUAA